AUGUGUUUAAUAGAUUCAAUAUCAAAUAAAAAGUUUGCCGUAUACUACUCGAGAAGAGUGACUUCUAAUGAAGAGGUACAGGAAAGACUCAAUAGAUUAAGAGAGAACUUUGGUAAUAGUAUAGAUAACAGUGAGAAUGACAAUGAACUCUCAAAGGAGAUUCAAGCUAGAAUGAAUUCACUUCGAUCAAAGGCACCUAGUGUUCACGAUUUAGAAACAAACGUCGAUGACCUUUACACAACUAGAAGAGUUAACGAUCAACCACAGUCACACAAUACAAUAGAAAUUAACGGUAGAACUGUCGCAACUUCCAUACCUCGAGAUCAAAUAGAAAUCGUUAGAUCAAGCGACUAUUAA